AUGGCGUUAAAUUUGAAAGUUAAAGUACACCCUGUUGUGUUAUUUCAAAUCGUGGAUGCUUAUGAGCGUAGGAAUGUUGAUGCUCAUCGAGUAAUUGGAACAUUGAUGGGUACGGUCGACAAAGGUGUUGUUGAAGUGACCAAUUCUUUUGGCGUCCCUCAUAAAGAAUAUGAAGACACAGUUGAAGCUGAUAUUGUGUAUGCAGCAGAUAUGUUUAAAAUGAAUCAAAAAGUCAACAGAUCUGAACAAAUUGUUGGAUGGUGGGCUACAGGUAAUGAGGUAACUACACAUUCAUCAACCAUACACGAGUACUACUUGAUGGAAUGUAAUAAUCCAGUACACAUCACUUUGGAUACUACUUUGAAAAAUGAUAAUAUGGGAUUGAAAGCAUACGUUAGUACACAAAUUGGUGUUCCUGGAGGUAAAACUGGAAAUAUGUUUAUCAAUGUACCAAUCGAAGUUACUUGCUAUCAACCCGAAACAGUUGGACUAAGCUUGUGCCAGAAAACUGUAGCUGUUGGACAAAAGUGUCAAGAACCGAUCGCUGA